CCAACUCUAUUCCAGAAAUAGCUUUCAGAUCUUCUAACCUCUCUUUUAUUUUUCUUCACGCUGGUUGUUUUUGUUCAAACAUGGAUCGACGUUCAGAUCUCACCAUCAUCCUUCUUGGAAACUCUGGAGUUGGUAAAAGUGCAUCAGGAAACACCAUCCUGGGUCUAACAGCAUUUGAGUCAAGAAAAUCAUUUGCAUCAGUGACAAAAGAAAUCUCCAUAAAAACAGGAACUGUGUUUGGGAAGCAGAUCUCAGUGGUAGACACUCCGGGAAUAUUUGGAUCUGAAGAUGUGAUUAAAUCCCGCUGUCAGGGUCUCCUGGAGUCCUCUGGACCUUGUUUGUUCCUGGUGGUAGUUAAAAUAGAUCGAUUCACCAUCGAGCAGAAAAACGCUGUGGAGGCAGCUGUCAGAGUCAUAGGGGAUCAACUACUCAACUCUUACCUGCUCUUCACACAAGGAGAUAAUUUGGGUAGCAAGUCCCUGGAAUAUUUCCUCAAUGAAGAUCCAAAUGGUCCACUUGUACCUCUUGCUCAAAAGUUUAAAGGAAGACAUCAUGUCUUCAUCAACAAUGAAAAUGGUGGAGCAGAACAAGUGAAGAUGCUGCUGGAAAAGUCAGGCCACCUCGCUAACCCACAGCCUGAGAAUGCUCCGCCCCAAAGGAUCGUGUUGCUCGGCCUACCAGGAGCUGGAAAAAGUUCUUCAGGAAACAACAUCCUGGGAUCAGAGAAGUUUAGAUCAGCGGGUAACUUUAAUCCAGUCAGUACAGAGACUGUCUCUGAAUCAGCCACAGUGGAAGGACGUCAGGUCACAGUGGUGGACACUCCUGGACUCAGUAAGGGAACGGGUGUCUUGAUAUCGUUUAUUCAGUCAGAAUUUAGGGGAAAUACACAGACAGUGCGUGCUGAUUUGACUUCUGUGAACUCACAAACCCUCUCAGCCCUGCUCCCAGAUUUCAGACUGGUCCUUGUUGGGAAAACUGGAGCAGGGAAGAGCUCCAGUGGAAACACUAUACUGGGGCGAGAUGCCUUCCCUGCAGCUGUCAGUCAGUCCUCAGUGAGCAGACAGUGCUGUAAACACACUGGUCAGCUGUUCAGCAGAGAACUGACCGUGGUCGACACCCCCGGCCUCUUCGACACCUCGUUACCUGAACACAUGGUGAAGCGAGAGAUCUCUAAAUGUAUCAACAUGUCGGCCCCGGGGCCCCACGCCAUCCUACUGGUCAUCAAGGUGGGGCCAUUCACCGACGAAGACAGAGACGCGGUCGUGCAGGUGGAGGAGAUCUUUGGGGAGCAAGCCUGGAAGUACACCAUCAUGCUCUUUACCCAGGACGAAGGGGACACAGCAGACGUCGAGCGACAGCUGGAAGGGGCGGGGCCUGAGCUGCUGGAGGUCCUGAAGAAGGCGGGAAACAGAUACCACGUCUUCAACAACCACAGGGCUAACGAUCGUGGACAGGUCCUUGAUCUGCUGGAGAAGGUGGAGAAGAUGGUGUGUGUCAACGGAGGGAAGUGUUACUCCAACCCCACCUACCUGGAGGUGAUGGAGCUGCUGAAUAAGAAGGAGGUGGAGCUUAGAGAGUUCUACAGGGAUAAGCUGGAGAAGGAGAUCAAAGCUAUAGAGGUAAAGUAUGAGGAGAAGCUGAGAGAGGCCCAGGAGGAGAACCCAGCCACAAAGAGACGAUGGCAGGAGGAAGUGAAGGAAAUCAAACGAUAUUAUGACUCUCUGAACGCCUCAACACGUCAUGUUGUGGAGCAAACUGUGGAUUCUGACACCUUAGAGGACAUAAGUGAGUUUCACAGGAAACUGAAAGUCAUCUCCUGAUUGGUUCAACAUCCUCAGAUGUGUUUUUUAAAGAUCUUCCAACCUCAUCAGUAGAAACUUUUCAUGACUCUGACGCCUGAUAGCCUCAAGCUGCUGUAAACAGACAUCCUGAGUCACACUGAGCUCAUCCAGCUGGAGCCAAUCACAGCUGUCAUUGGGUGAGAGGCGUGGUUACACCUGUACAGGAGACCUGUCAAUCACAGAGUGUAACAGUUUAAAGGAUCCCCAGGAACAUACAACACCAACAUGAAGACAGCAAACAUCAUAUCUGGAGAUUGUUUGUGUCCAAUAACCAAAUUUGAAUGUUUGAUAUCAUCGUCAUGAGCUGCCUAAAAGUAGAAACCUUAUAAUGUCAAUAAUCAAUGUACUCUUUGAGGUUUUUAUACGUAAUGUUUUUGUAAUGUGAGAAGGAUAAAGAAGAUACAGAUGUCCAUCUGUGUGUUUGUAUACAGUCUUUAAAAAGGAUGAAGACAGGAACACACGGGUCAGGAUGUGACAACCUGAGCCUCCGACAGGAUGAAAACUGAUUUCAUUAAAGACAAACAUUGUUAUGUGUUUACGGUUUGAGGACAGGCUGAAUAAAUUCUAAUAUUUCAAA